UUGAAAACUGCAUUGCGCUAACCACAAUAUCAGCUAAAACUUUUCCUUCUUCUUUUCUUCCAUUUGCAGAAAUUGUCUGCCAAAACCCACUCAUCUCUUUGAGGUGUAACAAUGGAAUCUAAUGGUAUGUAUUCGAACAUGGGGUCUGGAAUGUUAGGGCUAGAAAUGUCACUUCACCAUGUCCCACCUCAACAAAACCCCCACCCCAUGCAGCACCAAUCCCACCCUCCCAUGGUGUCCUGGCCAGGCGGCGGCGGCGGCACUUACCCUUCUGGGAAUAAGCCCAAACCCACCCCAGGCUUGACCCUCAGCGACGACAAUGAUCCCGGAGGGCCCACCGCCGAUCAGAACAGCGUUGAUGAUGGGAAGAGGAAAAUGUGCCCGUGGCAGAGAAUGAAAUGGACGGAUAAUAUGGUGAGGCUGUUGAUUAUGGUGGUGUAUUACAUCGGCGAUGAGGUUGGAUCUGAAGGGAAUAUCAACGACCCGGCCGGGAACAAGAAGAAGGCCGCCGGCGGCGGCGGCGGCGGCGUUAUGCAGAAGAAAGGGAAGUGGAAGUCGGUGUCGCGGGCGAUGAUGGAGAGGGGAUUCUACGUGUCCCCCCAGCAAUGCGAGGAUAAGUUCAAUGAUCUGAACAAGAGGUACAAGAGGGUGAAUGAUAUCAUCGGAAAAGGCACCGCGUGCAAGGUUGUCGAGAAUCAAACCUUGCUGGAAACAUUGGAUUUAUCGCCAAAGAUGAAGGAGGAAGCCAAGAAAUUGCUAAACUCUAAGCACUUGUUUUUCAGGGAAAUGUGUGCUUACCAUAACAGCUGCGCCCACGGCGGCGCUAGCGGAAGCACCGCCGCCGACGGAGGAUCGGACCCCACUUCUCAGGCCAAUAAUCCUCACCAGAAGUGUAUGCAUUCAUCUGAGAAUGUCAGAAUCGGGCCGAAUUUGGCGCCGGCAGAGGUAGAGGGACUAAAAAUCGACAACGACGAUGACGAGGAUAGCGAUGACGACGAGGAAUACGAGGAGGAUGAGGAGGAUUCCAGUAUCGACGAAAAAUCAAGAAAGAAGGCUAGAAAGACGGAAUCUUGGUCGGCCAUGGUGCUGCAACAGCUGAGCGGAGAAUUAAGAAACAUGUGUGAAGACAGUACGAGGAGUCCGGUGGAAAAGCGGCGGUGGAUAAAAGCAAGAACGAUGCAAUUGGAGGAGCAGCGGGUGGAGUAUGAAUCCGAAGCAUUGGAGCUGGAAAAGCAGCGAGUGAAAUGGGAAAAGUUCAGCAGCAAGAAGGAGAGGGAGAUGGAGAGGGAGAAGAUGAUGAACCAACGGAAGAAAUUGGAGAACGACAGAAUGGUUCUUCUGCUCCACCAGAAAGAGCUGGAGUUGAAGAACGGUGUUCAUCACCAAGCUUCUUACAACAGAACUAGCGAUCCGUCUUCUGUGACGGGAUGAAAACGAUCCAAAAAUUCAGAUGAUUAUAGUUCUAUGAAGUCCUAGUAUUUUGCAUAAUGUGUUUACUUUGAAUCACCUAGUUUAAUUAAUGUGUAGAUGUUACAGCAUGUGAAUAGGUUUAAUAUAUAUAUACUUUUGGUUUAGUGUGUGGUAUGAAUUCCAGAAUGUCUUUGCGAUU